CGAGAAGAGACGAGACGGCCGAGGCAGACGGAGCAGAAGAAGAAAGAGAGACCGAAGAAGAGAGAAAAACGACUGAAUAAGAAGAGAAGCAAAGCAUCAUGGACGCUCUGAAGAAGGGAUUCUCCAUGGCAAAGGGUGGAGUGGUGGCCGCCGCCGAGAAGACGAAGGCCGGCGUGGAGGAGGCCGCCGCCAAAACCAAGGAGGGGGUGUUAUAUGUUGGAAACAAGACGAUGGAGGGAGUGGUGACCGGCGUGAACACAGUUGCCCAGAAGACCAACGAACAGGCCAACAUCGUCGCAGACACCGCGGUUACCGGGGCCAACGAGGUUGCCCAGGCAACAGUCGAAGGGGUGGAGAAUGCAGCGGUGGCGAGCGGAUUCGUCAGCACGGAGGAGGCGGGACCAAAGGCUGAGGAGGCCGACCUCCCGAAAACAAAAGCAGGAGAACAGACUGAAGAGGCUGCACAGUAGUCACUUCCUGUUUCGUCCCGUCCAAUGAGAGAAGAGGAACCAUCACAUUUUUAGCCGUCACUAAACCCUUUGACCUCUGACCCUCCCUAACCCCACAAUAUUCUUCAGCUGCUGUGUGUAACUAAACCUCAUUAACCAAUAGAAGCCCUCCUCCUGUUGCCAUGGUUGCAUGGUCUCUGCAUCGCACUCAUCGUACACACUGAUGUCAGUUUUUAACGCUCAGAUGAGAUGAAUUUAAUCAGGUUGUGGACUCACAGCUUAUUGGUCGGUGUGGGAUGACAUCACCCAGGCCGAGUGUUCAUAUUUGAUGCUGCAAGUGUCCUACAAGCCCCGCCCCCGCCCUGACCACGCCCCCUGACAGACAUAUCUGAAGCCUUUUAAAUGCAUGUUGCUUUACUGACUUACUGACUUAAAAUACUAGAAAACCCACUAAACUAAAAUUAAACACACACACACACACACACACACACACACACACACACACACACACACUUCUGUCUGUCGCUUCAGAGCUUCUUUUACAAAACAACAGAAGUGAAUAAACACGAGUUUGAAAUCCA